AUGGAGCCCCUACCUGAAGACAGAUGGUGGUUUGCCGAGACUGACAGGCCCCUCUUUACCGUCGGUGCUACUAACUCCGACCUUCCCAUUCUGCCUCUCCCUCGCGCCUUCCUCCUGUUUUAUGACACCGUCUCCGACGCUGCCCUCCGCUCUAUUCCCCGCUCUUCCUUUAGGGGAAUGCGGAAUGGGUGUGACCCGGGUGGGUGUGACCCGGGUGGGUGUGACCCAGGUGGGUUUGACCCGGGUGGGUGCGACCCGGGUGGGUGUGACCCGGGUGGGUGUGACCCUGGUGGGUGUGACCCAGGUGGGUGUGACCCUAGUGGGUGUGACCCGGGUGGGUGUGACCCAGGUGGGUGUGACCCUAGUGGGUGUGACCCGGGUGGGUGUGACCCUAGUGGGUGUGACCCGGGUGGGUGUGACCCGGGUGGGUGUGACCCGGGUGGGUGUGACCCAGGUGGGUGUGACCCAGGUGGGUGUGACCCGGGUGGGUGUGACCCGGGUGGGUGUGACCCUGGUGGGUGUGACCCUAGUGGGUGUGACCCGGGUGGGUGUGACCCGGGUGGGUGUGACCCAGGUGGGUGUGACCCUGGUGGGUGUGACCCGGGUGGGUGUGACCCGGGUGGGUGUGACCCGGGUGGGUGUGAGCCUGGUGGGUGUGACCCGGGUGGGUGUGACCCGGGUGGGUGUGACCCGGGUGGGUGUGACCCUGGUGAGUGUGACCCAGGUGGGUGUGACCCGGGUGGGUGUGACCCAGGUGGGUGUGACCCGGGUGGGUGUGACCCGGGUGGGUGUGACCCUGGUGGGUGUGACCCUGGUGGGUGUGACCCGGGUGGGUGUGACCCGGGUGCGUGUGACCCGGGUGGGUGUGACCCUGGUGGGUGUGACCCGGGUGGGUGUGACCCGGGUGGGUGUGACCCGGGUGGGUGUGACCCAGGUGGGUGUGACCCUGGUGGGUGUGACCCAGGUGGGUGUGACCCGGGUGGGUGUGACCCAGGUGGGUGUGACCCGGGUGGGUGUGACCCUGGUGGGUGUGGCCCUAGUAGGUGGGACCCGGGUGGGUGUGACCCGGGUGGGUGUGACCCUAGUGGGUGUGACCCAGGUGGGUGUGACCCAGGUGGGUGUGACCCGGGUGGGUGUGACCCGGGUGGGUGUGACCCUGGUGGGUGUGACCCAGGUGGGUGUGACCCUAGUGGGUGUGACCCGGGUGGGUGUGACUCUGGUGGGUGUGACCAUGGUGGGUGUGACCCGGGUGGGUGUGACCCGGGUGGGUGUGACCCUGGUGGGUGUGACCCGGGUGGGUGUGACCCUGGUGGGUGUGACCCGGGUGGGUGUGACCCUAGUGGGUGUGACCCUGGUGGGUGUGACCCUGGUGGGUGUGACCCUGGUGGGUGUGACCCAGGUGGGUGUGACCCGGGUGGGUGUGACCCUGGUGGGUGUGACCCGGGUGGGUGUGACCCAGGUGGGUGUGACCCUGUUGGGUGUGACCCAGGUGGGUGUGACCCGGGUGGGUGUGACCCAGGUGGGUGUGACCCUAGUGGGUGUGACCCGGGUGGGUGUGACCCUGGUGGGUGUGACCCAGGUGGGUGUGACCCGGGUGGGUGUGACCCAGGUGGGUGUGACCCUAGUGGGUGUGACCCGGGUGGGUGUGACCCUGGUGGGUGUGACCCAGGUGGGUGUGACCCGGGUGGGUGUGACCCUGGUGGGUGUGACCCUGGUGGGUGUGACCCAGGUGGGUGUGACCCGGGUGGGUGUGACCCUGGUGGGUGUGACCCGGGUGGGUGUGACCCGGGUGGGUGUGACCCAGGCGGGUGUGACCCAGGUGGGUGUGACCCUAGUGCGUGUGACCCGGGUGGGUGUGACCCGGGUGGGUGCAGAUCUGCCCCGAGCACCACAACCUCUCCAAUGGAUCACCAAUCCAGUUGCUGA